UUAAACAGCACGAUGUUUAUUUCAGAGUCUCCUGAUACGUAGGCGAGAGUUCGAACAAAGAAAAAAAAAAUCUGAAGUAGCCAUGGAGAUAGCCGCCGCUAGCACUGUCUCCGUCGCGCCGCAACCGCCUCGACUAACGAAUGCCUUUUCCAGGAAGCUUAGUUCCGUCUCUUCGCUUUCGUUCGGUUCCGUCGAGAGAAAAUACUGCCUUGGAAACGCUAAGCUUCGCGUGUCUGCGUCCUCCUCCGUUGACGUCGUCACCGCCGAGAAAAUAUCUCCGGCGAGUUUUCUCGACAAGAGAGAAACCGGAGGAGUUCUUCAUUUCGUGAAGUAUCAUGGCCUCGGCAACGACUUCAUCUUGGUUGAUAACAGAGACUCAUCGGAACCUAAGAUAACUCAAGAGCAGGCGGCGAAGCUGUGCGAUAGAAACUUCGGUGUUGGUGCCGAUGGAGUGAUUUUCGCAAUGCCGGGAGUCAAUGGUACUGAUUACACCAUGAGGAUAUUCAACUCAGAUGGAAGCGAACCAGAGAUGUGUGGUAAUGGAGUUCGAUGCUUUGCAAGGUUCAUUGCUGAGAUUGAGAACUUGCAAGGGAAAAACAGUUUUACAAUACAUACUGGAGCUGGCCUGAUUGUUCCUGAAAUUCAAGAUGAUGGACAGGUUAAGGUUGAUAUGGGCAUACCUGUUCUUAAAGCACAAGAUGUGCCCACGAAGUUACCUGGAAACAAAGGUGAAGCUGUUAUUCAAGCAGAACUAGUUGUUGAUGGAGUAAGCUGGAAUGUGACGUGUGUUAGUAUGGGCAAUCCUCACUGUGUCACUUUUGGUACUAAGGGUGGACCGAACCAGAAACUGAAAGUUGACGAUUUGAACUUGCCAGAGAUUGGUCCAAAGUUCGAGCAUCAUGAAAUGUUUCCAGCUAGAACCAACACAGAAUUUGUGGAAGUCUUAUCACGUUCUCAUUUAAAAAUGCGUGUCUGGGAGCGUGGAGCAGGAGCGACUUUGGCAUGUGGAACUGGAGCUUGCGCUCUGGUUGUUGCAGCAGUCCUUGAAGGUCGAGCCAACAGGAAAUGCACGGUGGAUCUACCGGGCGGACCAUUGGAGAUAGAGUGGAAGCAAGAAGACAACCAUAUCUACAUGACGGGUCCUGCAGAAGCUGUCUUCUACGGAUCAGCUCUGGUCUAAGGGGUCCUUCACGGUCAAUGACUUGUCGUCCCUCAUCGUUGUUGUUCUUUUGGGAUCUAUGUGUUGUAGUCUAAAGCGCUCUAAGCUCUUACAUUCCCCACCUAGAUUGUUCUUCACGGAACUGAUUCAUGAAUAUUGUUUUAUGUAACUUUUACCAUGUCAAGACAAAUAUGAACUUUUAUUGCAA